CAAACACUGCCCAACCACCAAACCUAGCACCAACAAUAAGUAACCCACCCCCAGCGCAUUUUAGCAAACCCCAAGGCCAAAAUGGCGCACCCCAUUGCGGAGGCGAACGAACAAAGCCCCUUCGGCGCGUUGACCCCAGAGGCAUUCUAUUCCCGCCACAACGUCUCUCACGCCUCCGAGUACUUCACAAACCCUAGAGGCCUCAAUCGCUUCACCCAGUGGUGGACCCCGCUCGCUCCGACCGAGAUUGUAGGAACCCUCGCCAUCGUCCACGGCUUCACCGGCGAGACCAGCUGGUUCGUCCAGCUCACCGCCGUCCACUUCGCCAAGUCUGGCUUCGUCGUCUGCGCCAUUGAUCAUCAGGGUCACGGCUUCUCCGAUGGCCUCGCCGCCCACAUCCCCGACGUCAACCCCGUCGUCGACGAUUGCAUCUCCUUCUUCGACUCAUUCCGAGCCAAUCACGCGCCGAAGAAUCGCCCCUCGUUCCUCUACGCCGAGUCCCUCGGUGGCGCCAUCGCACUCCUCAUGACUCUCCGGCAGGGAAGCGGCACGUGGGAUGGCCUCAUCCUCAAUGGCGCCAUGUGCGGGAUCAGCCCCAAGUUCAAGCCGCCGUGGCCGCUCGAGCACCUGCUAUUUCUCGUCGCCGCGGUGAUACCGACGUGGCGAGUUGUCGCCACCCGCGGAUCGAUUACGGACGUGUCGUUCAAGGAGGAGUGGAAGCGGAAGCUGGCGCUGGCGAACCCGAGGAGGCCGGUAGCGAGGCCUCGCGCAUCGACGGCUCUUGAGCUGCUGAGAGUGUGCAAGGAGCUGCAGGGGAGAUUCGAGGAGGUGGAGGUGCCGGUGCUGAUAGUUCACGGCGGCGACGACGUCCUUUGCGACCCGGCUUGCGUGGAAGAGCUGUACAGGCGCGCGUCGAGUAAGGACAAGACGAUCAGUAUCCACGAGGGCUUGUGGCACCAGCUGAUUGGCGAGUCCCAGGAGAAUGUGGACUUGGUGUUCGGAGAAAUGGUGGAGUGGCUUCGCACUCGAGCUGAACGCGCCGCCAUCUCGAAUGGUGGCUGCGAUGGUGCUUAGUCUAGAACUCUAGGGCUUUGUCCUGAGUUUAGUGGGGUUUUGUUGAUAAUCGCUGUGUUAGGUUAAACAUGGAGUCAGGAAGAAGAAGCAUAAGCUGCCAAGGGAAGCAUGCCAUGUCACUUAUAAUUUAAAUAAAAUAUAUUAAUUAAUUAAAAGAGAAA